AUGUCUCACGGCCAGCACGUCGAGUAUCUGCGACACGCUCUGUCGGAAGCUCAGAAAUCUCCACCAAAGCCUACAAACUUCCGUGUUGGCUGCGUGCUGGUCUCGUACCGAAAGCCACAGGAGCCCCAGAUCCUCUCAACUGGCUACACGUUGGAGCUGGAAGGAAAUACACACGCUGAGCAGUGUGCACUGACAAAGAUGGACGAAGCGCACCCUCGCGAGGGAGGACUGCCUAAUAUCUUGACACAAGGCCUGAAGGUCACUCUAUAUACGACACUAGAGCCCUGUUCAAAGCGUCUGAGUGGGAAUACACCUUGUGUCCAAAGGAUCAUUGAUACGCGACAAGGAGAUCCUGAGGGCGGUGUCAGAAAGGUCGUCUUUGGUGCUAAGGAGCCCAAUACUUUCGUACAAGACAGUCAAAGCUGUCGGCUGCUCACAGAAGCGGGUGUAGAGUGGGAGUAUAUUCCCGAUUUGGAACAGGAGAUCCUUGCCGUUGCUAUGGAAGGCCACGACAAGAAAGAGUCAAGCGGUGCGAUCAACCCUUCCACAGAGUCAAGCUCAGGAGCGCCAGCAGAACAAAGGAAGGAGCCAACGAACAAGGAGGACCAGGUUACCAAUAUUGACGACAUCAGCCUGAGGAACGCAAAAGGCAAGAAGAACAGCCACGCAAUCCCAUGA